CAACUCAAUAAGCUGUCACUGUCACGUAGAAAGUAAAUGAUAAUCAGUAUAUAUGUUUUGUGACAAAAAGUAAACAAUUGUAUAAACUUUGUGUAAUGAAAUUAUGUAUAAACAAAUAACUAUCUUUUCCUUUCCUGGGAAGAACCCUGAUAUUUUCAAAAUGUAAAGUCCAUCCAUAUGAUCUUCAGGCAUAUAUUCUAUGAAAUCCGCGAAAAUGGCAGACGCUGAUUGUGCCAGUGAGACGGCUAGCUCGAUAGGAGACGAGGAACGUGUGAAGAGGCUCUUCCAGGCCUGCGAUGCUAAUGGAGAUGGUUAUAUUGAUAGCCAGGACCUGCUUUCCAUUUGCAAAGAAUUAUGCUUAGAGGACAGUAUCGAUGAACUUAUGCUCCAGUUGGGAGCCGACUCUCAGGGCAGAAUAUCCUACGACCAAUUCUUGGAAAGAAGACUUGCUUUGAGGCCUGAGAUAGAUGCUUUGAAGAACAAUAGCAGAGACAAUAUAAGUGAACAUAGUCAAGGUAAACUAGAUAGUUGGGAAUGGGACUCUGGUGCUAGAGAUAUGUCUCCUGUUCCAAAGAAUAUUAAACAUAGUGAAAAGUACACGGAGGAAGAGUUCAAUGAGAAACUCCAGCUGCAGCUAGAUGAACAAGCUCAAAGGUAUGAGGAGCAACUGACAGAAUUGCAUUCAGUGAUAGCAGAAUUAACUAGAAAAUUACAACAACAGCAGAUCAUGGCUAUAAAUGAGGAAGAUGAAGUAUCAGAAACUUGUACUAGUGCCCACGAGGAGUCCAUAACUUGCCCUUUAGAUGUUAGUGAAUCUGAUCACUUGGAUAAUGAUGUUUCAGAUAGUGAAAAUAAGUUAUCCAAUAGCCCAGCAGAACAGCUUGAACCACAUGACAACAGGCAGAUCUCAAAUGUUGUAGAACCAUUCAGAAAUGAAAUAGCAAUCCUUAAACGACAGUUACAGGAAACACGGGCCAAGUUGUCGCAAACAAAAGUGGAAAAGGACAAUAGCCAUGAAGUUACUUUCCCAGAAAAGAAUCCGGUAAAGCAUUUGGAGACCAGCGAAAAACUUGAUUUGGGAGAUUUUCAGCGAGAUGACAGUAAUGUAAUGUAUACGAGGGAAUCCUUGGCGACAACCAACAAACCAAAUAUAAAAAACAACGCUGUAUUUGUCACGUCACCAGUGAGCAAAAUUGCGGAGCGAAUCAAACUGAGAAGGGCAGCUGACUUGAAAGCGGACAUCAGUCCGACAGAUAUAGUCAAUUCGGAUUUGUCGACCGUAGUAGCUGAACAAAUCGUCGGUGAUAUCCUGGGGCAGUGCGAUAUGCAGUCGGAGAAGCAGUCUUUGCUCAUGGAACUGAAGAAGAUGAACGCGAAACUAGACCACGCCAAAGCGCAAAAUAACGUGUUGUCGUUAACUAUAAGUGAUAUCAAGGCUCAGUGUGAUAAAUUGACUCUGUUAUGCGGCAAAUACGAAUCAAACGCCAUAGCACUUCGGCUUGCACUAGGCAUCAGCGAUCGAACAAUACAAGCAUAUGAUGUACUCUUGGCCCUACUGGAAACGGAGUUAUCUCUCAAAGAGAAUAAGCCAGAUAAUUUGGAGAACAGGAUGGCUGCAGAAACAGUUGCUAAGCAACUACUCCACAAUUUGGACUCGUGUCAGGAGACAGAUCUGUUGUUUUCAAUGUGGCAAGGCCAUGUUUGUAAUACGACACUGUCAGACAUAGAUGAGCCGUGGACGUCCGAUGAUGAAUUCAGACUUAGGGAGCAUAUCUCAAGGUUGAAGUUGGAGAGGAGCAGUAUUCAGGGCACGUAUGUUGUCCUGGAGUCAACUCAAAUUGAACAGGUACCUGUGUGCCCUACCAGCUAUCAGGACGCUAGGAAAAUGGACCUGGAAAUGGCCGUUCUGAUGCAGGAACUAAUGGGGCUUCGAGAAGAUAAGGCUGAAUUGAUCUCAAAAGUCUAUGAACUAGAAAAGGAAAAAAGUGUGGCAGAACUGAAGUUAAAGUACUUAGAGGAAGAGCUGAAGAAUAAAUCGGUAGCUUUAAAGAAUCUGCAGGGAAAGCUGAAACAUGUUGUAGCAUCACAUUCAUCCACAACCUAAAAAAAGGAAAGGUGAAUUUCUAAUUCACUUGGUUCAUCGCACAUAUUCACUUAUUCCUAAUAUCGGCUUUCAUCACAUAAUCAUGUAUAUACAUUUAUGAAGAUGCGUUAAAGAUAUAUAUCGAUAAUGUUUAUCAAGAAAUUCCUAGCAAUUGCAAAGUAGAGCUGAAUAAAAACAACACCAAAAAUCAUGUAUUCGCAAAGUUGCAAAUAAUUUAAUUCGAUCAUAUUCUAUUAGUCAAUUUUUCCUCAAAACCAGUUCUGCUAUUUGCAAUUACUGUAUGUUGUAAUUUUUUAUUUUAUUUCAAUUCGAAAUUCCAUGUAAUUAGUUAUACAUUGGACUUUCUAGACGUUUGCCAAGGCGAUCAUGUGCAGUAAAGUGCUCUCAAUGUUUGUAAAUUAUAUAUUGUUGGUAGUGCUUGAAUGUAUAUUAAAAUGUUAUAUAUUUUCUUUAAGAAUAAAAUGAAAUAUCUAUGAGCA